AUGGCCACCGCAGCUGCCUUCCCAACAUCCACCACGCCCUCCGACCCGUCCCCCUCCACCCCCGCCUCGGGCCCCGCGCCCUUCGCAUUUCCGCGCGAAUACCACUUCCCGGCCUUCUACACCCGCCAGACGAACCUGACGACGCUGCACGCCCAGCGCACCAAGUGGUCGGCCCUCAUCCUCGCCUACGCCCGCCACCACCGCAUCUUCCGCCUGGCGCUCUCGUCCGCCGCCGACUCCGACCUCUUCUUCAACCGCCGCCUCGACCGCCGCCUGAGCAACGCCGAUAUCCGGGACGUCAUCGACUUCAUGCGCAAGGAGGGCCGCGCCGAGUUCGUCAGCGGUGGCUCCACCGGGGAGGUCGUGUUCAUCUUCUGGCGCAAACCCGACGAAUGGGCGGGACUCAUCGAAACCUACGUCGAUGAGUCUGGCCAGAAGGGCAGUGUGUUGACCCUGUACGAGCUGAUGGAAGGAGACGGCACCAAGGGAACGGAUAUCCACGGCAUGGACACCGAGGUCCUCCUCAAGGCACUCAAUGUUAUUGUCAAGCGAGGCAAGGCACAAAUCUUCGGACAGGACGACUCUCUGGGUGUCAAGUUCUUCUAA